AUGGCCCGCCACCUCGGCUUCUUCGUGGGCCCUGGCGUGGCGCGGGCUGACCCCUGGAAAGGGUCAGCUGCGAAGCGGUGGGGUCGAGUCGAGGAGCUCGCCGCUUCGCAGGCGCCGCUGCAGCAUUGCAUCCAGCUCCAUAGUGUGGCCGCCGUCGCGCGCCUCUCGUGCGUGGGCUGGCUGCUCGACCCGCCCAGCACCGCCCAUGCGAAGGAGCUGCAGGCCAUCCACGAGCUCCGGCGCGCUGCCCCGAACAGCCUCGCCAAGGUGCCCUGCGACCGUGCCUGCCGCGGGCCGAACUUCUGCGUCGCCGACGCUGGGCGCUGGUGCGCAAGCUGCUGGCGCGACUCCACCACCUCCAACGUGCAGCGGCUCACGGGUCUGCUGCGAGCUGCACGGAGGCUCGCCGCCCGCAAAGGGAAGAUGGCCAUUCUGAACCGUCACGAGGGCAAGGUCGGUCAUUCCAAGUCGCUUCACAUCCCGCGGAAAGCCGACCUGCUUGCCCUUCAGGAGCGGCUAUGCACCGACACCAUCGCCCUGACCAUCCGUCGUCGCCUCCUGUCGUGGCUCCUGCGGUUCGCUGAGGGAAACUCAAACCGACCACUUUUGUUUCAAGGUGCUCGGUUUCCUGGCGGGCAGCUCGGCGAGCAGCUCGCCAGGCGCCCUCACGACCCUGCGCGCGCUCUGGCAGAAGAACGCCAGAACCGUCUCCGGCACCGUGCUGGUGCUUGGGCUGCCAUGUGGAUCCCCGACCUACUGUUCGAGGCCCGCGACGUCAACAACGAGCAGGACCUGAUGGACUGGUGUGUCGAGCACUUGUACGGCAUGCUGCAGCGCGACGAUCCCCAGGCGCUGCACAACCCUGACGCACAGCGGCGCCGCCUCGCUCAUGACAUGUGUCGCCAGGCAUGGCAGGAUGGCUCGUUUGGUCGAGGCAAGCUCGAGCUGCGGCUGCUCGGCAACAUGGGCUGCAACGACGGUGGCAUCCGCGAGCAAGCAGCUCUUCGUGCCGACCUCGCUGCCAGGCACCGUGCCAGGCGCCGCUGGAUCAACCACCAGGCGCUCCUGCCCACCAAUCCGGACGAGGCCGAGGCGCAGCACGACGGCGUCAUGGACGUGGAGCCCGAGGACCUGCUGGACACUGACGACGUGCCCGGCGACCUGGAGGCGAGGUGGCUGCGCCUGCGCGCGCACCUGGCGCCGCUUCCUCCAGCGGGCCUCUGGGCCUUGCUGAAGUCCCUCGUCGGCGGCUUGACCACCUCGCACCGAAUGCACGCGCUGGCGGUGCGCCUGGCGACGCCGCUGCUUACGCGCAUGGACCUCGGCGACGCGCAUGGCCCCAAGGGCGAGAAGGGCAUCGAGAACUGUAUGGCGCGCCUGGCCGUGGCAUGCCGCUUCUGCCACAUGACGAAGAAAACGGCCUCCCAGAGCCCCCGGACCUACACGCAGAGCUACAACGGCAUCUGCGCCGCUCGGCACUCUCUGAGGCUCCCCGCGGACCUCUCGGGCGGCGCUGGGCCGCGCAGCGCCCAUAUUAUCGAACGGACCUGCCCCUGA